UUUUAGCUGAAGAACGGGAGUCUGCUUGUUUUUCACAUGAUGUCUGUCUGAGGACCAAAACCAUCAAACGAACCCAUAUUUCCUGGAAUAAAAGAACUUGGACUGCAACUCUAGAGACUGUAAACACAUUAAUUUAAUAUCCAAUGUGCAGUCGAACAGAAAUAAUCCACCGGAUCUGUUGUUUGUGUCCUGAAAGAAGCUUUGCGGCGCUUUUUGGACACUGGGAUGCUAACUUCGCGUUAGCUGCUAACCAGACAGUGAGAGCGUUGGACUUGUCAAGAUUAUCCAAGAAGACAGGAGCACACCAGCGGGAGCAUACAAAGGCAGCAGUGGUUGCAGGGAUCUGAGUGUCCCUCACCAUCACCAUCGGGCCCUGAGAUGACCUCACAGCAGCCACAGCUCCCCAAUGCUGUCAUUCCUCCCCAGCUAGCACAGAACUCCUCCGCUCAGCAGGCCCGGCCUCAUAUUCAGGCUAAUCAACUGGACUCAAGUCAGAGCGGUGCAACCGCUGGCCCUGUGGACCACAGAGCUUUAACAGGCAGGCCGGGCUGCCCCGGUGUGGCAGCAAACGGCGGGGAGGUGGCCAAUAGGAACGUUUCUGCUUCCAGCUCCAGCUCGUCUAGGAGAGAUGGAGGCUUUGAGCCGUGGCCUGAGGAAGCAGUGGACAACUCCCACGGUCUGUACUCCCUCCAUCGUAUGUUUGAUAUAGUUGGAGCCCAGCUAACACACCGGGAUGUCAGAGUACUGUCCUUCCUAUUUGUGGACGUGAUUGAUGAGUAUGAGCGCGGCGGCAUCAGGAGUGGGAGGGAUUUCCUGCUGGCUCUAGAGCGUCAGGGUCGCUGUGACGAGACCAACUUCCGACACGUUCUCCAGCUUCUAAGGAUUAUCACCCGCCACGACCUUUUGCCUUAUGUCACACUCAGGAAACGACAGGCUGUGUGCCCAGACCCUGUUGACAAAUACCUGGAAGAGACAUCAGUGCGCUACAUUUCACCCCGGGGAGCAGUGCAGAGCAGGGACACCGUGCCUAACAGGAGAUCGGGUCCUCAGCCGGUCCUCUGCUGUUCCCCAUCAGGACCCCAUGUUGGUCCUCCAAGAACAAAGCCGACUCCUCCUGCACCGAACCGCAAACGGAGGAGAAGUCAUUCAUCAGCUGACUGCAGAGAGAAGCAAACAUGUGAUAUCCGCCUCCGUGUUCGUGCUGAAUACUGCCAGCACGAGUCUGCGCUUCAGGGGAACGUCUUCUCCAACAAGCAGGAGGCGGUGGAGCGCCAGUUCGAGCGCUUCAACCAGGCAAACACUAUCCUCAAAUCGCGAGACUUGGGCUCCAUCAUCUGCGACAUCAAGUUCUCGGAGCUCACCUAUCUGGACGCCUUCUGGAGGGACUACAUCAAUGGGUCUUUGUUAGAGGCACUCAAAGGGGUCUUUAUCACAGAUUCCUUAAAACAGGCGGUGGGCCACGAAGCCAUUAAACUGUUGGUCAAUGUAGACGAGGAGGACUACCAGGCCGGUCGCCGCAAACUGCUGCGCAAUUUGGUGACGAGCGGAGGGAUCCCACCCGGAGGGAGCAAAGACUCGGUAUCUUAGACUCCAGGUGUUAGCAUCCAGCUGCUGUGCCUCCCCGACAGAGAACAGAGAGAGAGUCGUGGAUGUGUCAUUUGAGGUGCCUGAACUGCGUGCCUGAAAGGAACUAAGGUCAAAGGAAACCCUAAGCGGGCCUCCUGAAGCGUAGCAUGCAAGGUGUCUGGGAACUAUGUUAGCAAAGAGGAACGGGCGAUGCAUCGACAGGUUGACAUUAUUCUGAAUGUUAAGCUGCUUUCUUCACCGAGGAGAAUCCUGAUUCAUGCUUGUAUUGAAUAUUUUUUUUCUCGUUUCAUGUAAACAUGUUAACUUUAAUGAUGCUCUUCACCCCUUGUUCAAAAGGUCAUUUUCAACGCAGGAAAACGCGCUUAACGCUGACGUGUUACUCCCAGUGGGAGUUGUACUUUAUUGCCAAACUGGUUCAUCCUUUUCCCAGGUACUUGAGAUUAAUUGGAUUAACCCAAUGAGAGUGUUCUGUAUGUGACAGAAAGGCAAAGACUGUACUUGAUUUUCAAAUUAGUUUUUUUCUAUUUCUUGGAGCUUAUCACCCCCCCCCCCCCCCCCUUGCAGAGUUUCCUCAUCUGUAGAGCUGAACCCUUUCCGAGCCUUUUUUAGUGGCUCAGACUUUGUCACUGUCGACUGUUCUCGUGUGUUUGCUUUGUUUUAACUUUGUUUUACAACACGGCUCUUUAGCAGCAGAUCUGUGAUGCUGGCCUCGUUUUGAAAAUGUCAGUUGUCCAGUCACUGCCAAAUAUUUCAAAAAAAGUCACUCAAACCCUUCAAAUGUGUCGAAUCGUGUCCCGCUGAACUCUGAGUCACGCCGGUGUUUAUCAACAUCUGUCGGCCCCCCAGUACCUCCCGGACCUCUACUCACUCCCCCUCACACACACAAUUCUACACUCAGCUUUAUUUUAUAUACAAGAUUUCAAGUAACACUCCAAAUACUUACAGAACAAAUCAAAAGCAAGUGAAAGUCUGUUCUCAUCAUGCCCCCUGGUGGAUGAAAAUGUAGGCUCGUUGAAGGAAAAUGUUGGCCUUGAUUUGACCCCAUCAGGACUCGUCACACCUCCAGUAGUGUCACAAACCGAGCUCGAGAUUCUUUUUUUCAGGUUUUUUUAAAAGCAGCACUUUAAGAAACAACAUAACAGAUAGCUAUUCAGCUUGUGAAUCCUCUACGACCUGUAAAGCAGAGAGAGUGUAGCCUGUGAUGCUAAUCAGAGAUAAUUUGAAUUCCUAUGGAAUGGUUCAGGUACUGAAAUGGUUCACCAGGAGACGGUGGGUUUGAUGUGACCGACCGUAGUCUCUGUUUUCUGCAGUCGUACAAUUCUCCCAGAGGCAGCCAUAUUAGGCUAACGUAGUUUAGUGUGAAGCCCGCUGAACCUGCUGACAAAUGAACCGGUUUUGUUCCAGGAUUUGUUUGGAGGUCUCAGGCAGUUUCUGCUGAUUUUGUAGCUGCAGGUUCAAUGCUUUGUGCACGCCAUCCCACCUCCGAUUCUGCUGCACGUAGUGACGUAAGAACUCAACCUGUUAUGUGUGAACCAUUUAAUUACCAUAACCAUUUAUGAAGACUUUAAAAUAAACAAUAAGCUGUGAUUCAAUGUUCAGGAAUGAGUAUCUCACAUGGGCUGCCACUCAUCCAGUACAGAUUUUUGUAUUUUCUGAUUGAUCUGCAUUUCAGAGUUAGAGAGCUUAUCGGUGAAAAAACAUCCUGAUACCAAGAGUCUGCAGUUUUCAUUUGUGUCCCCAUGUCGCUUCAUGUCAACAGCUAAUUCAUCAAGUGUUAUAAGACGAGGAUAAACACGGCAGCGUCGGAAAGCACUGCUCAUUGGCACUUUUUUCGUUGCUGUGUAAUCUCUCCACUUGCAGAAUCAAAACAUCUUCAGACACGACUUUUUAAUCCCAGAUGCAACGUUUAAAACGAUUCUAAUUAAUAUUCUCAACAUGUGGGAGAGUUGAUUGUGGUCUGGUAACCGGAGGCUUGUUGGUUUGGUUCAUCUUUCUGUGAUUUGUGAAGCGAUCAUAUUCAACAUUUACCUUAACACAGAAAACAUGUUUGUUAUUUUUUUUAUAAAAAUGUGAUUUCAGUCUGAGAUUCAGGAUAAUAUCCAUCCCCCCCCCCUUUUAUCAAAGUAAGACAUGUGUCCCCCCCCACCCCCACCACCACCACCCCCCUGAGCUCCUCACACUGGAGCUCUGCUAACACCAUAAGCUAAAACCACGUUAUGAUUUGUGGAACAUAAUUCCAAGAUAAUGUCUUGACGAGCACGAUGGGUGACCGAUAUGAGGAUUCACAUAUUUGCCUGUUUUUAUAUUUGUUUAACUUGAGCAAGAAAUCCUUUAACACUGUGUCGACUUUUACAGAUCUGCGUCACUGUGCAGUGAUUUUUAGUUUCUUUACGACCCGUUUAAUGCAAUAAAAGUCACUUUGGGUUCAUGCUGCUGCUGUAGUAAGCCAGGCCGGUUUCUGUUCCAGGAACUGUAAUCGAGCUGGAAGGUCGUCAAACUGGGCACCGAGUGGUCGACCUGACGUUGCAGGAAAGACGAGGAAGUUAAACCAGAAACAACAACUAUGUCCGCUUACACCGAGAGAGUUCUGUGUUUGGUUUUCUGCAUUCUGAAGGGCAAAUGUUUUGGUUUGUGUCUAACCAAUGUGAACGUAAAAGAAAGAUCCUCUGAUUUAAUUUCCUUGAUUGACUAAAGGUUAAAUGAGCUCCGCUUUUGGUCCGAGUAGCGAUACACACUUCUUCCUGUUUUGCCGAUUAAAGUUGCCGUUUGACAGAAUUCACACGUUCUGCAGUCACACAAAUAUGGAAACAUUUCUUUGGAAUACUCAAUGAUGACACACAUGUCAAGGCGGCUGGGGGGGAGGACUGUAACUGUCCAUUUUUUUAAAUCCUCCUAAUUGUGACGUUAAAGAAAGGAAAUGAAUCAAACUUGUUCAACAAGAAGGAAACAACACAGACUCGGAGAACCUUUGUUUGGAGAUGUUUUAAUAUCAGUGAUAAUAUAUCAAAGUAUUAGCAUAAUGCUGUUUUGUGAUGAGAUUCUUUAGACUCUGUAACAGAAGUAGAGAAGAGGCUGAAUGUCACUUUUAGUCCGAAUUGUCAUUUUAAAUGCAACUCUCUAAAAAAAAUCUCAUAUUUGACAUUAUACCUUCGUUUGUUUCUGUUUCUCAGUGCACAUAGCCAAAUGGUUGACAUAAAAGAAAAUCUGUGUACCCCAAUAAAAGUUCAGUGUAUGUUUUUUAA